GUUCAGCAGCAAAUUAAAAUUAGGGCUUUUCUGCAGCAGCUUCCUCUCUCACUCUCUCUGCGCCUCCGAUAUUCAUUCACCCCCUUUGGUUAUAAAAAAGAGCUAAGAAGAUUCAGACUUCCACCACCGAAUCAGCAUCCCAGAGCUCUGAGCCAUAACCAAGUAGGAUGGUGAGGAGAGGUCGCGGCGGUGGUAUGGGCGGAGGAAUAAAUCGGAGAUACCUGAGUCAAGUUAUGGAUUCGUGCGGGAAGGACUUAGCUACGGCAGAGGAAAUGGUGGAUGACCUUCGUUCCAGGUACGGUAACUUCGCGAGGCUGACCCGUCAAGUGCUCCUGCUCAACGUCAGGAAUGUCCUCAGUGCCCGAAACAAGCGUGCCAAAGACGAAGUGGAAGAUGACAACAACGGCGGCGAUGAUUCCGAUGGUGGUGGUGCUGCUCCUAGUAAGAUGAAGAAACCGAGACGUGUUGAUGAGAAAGAGGAGAAGUUGCAGCGAGCUGAGCAAUCUCAUCUCAAGAGGAGAAACAGAGAGAAGUCUCCUUCUUCUUCUUCGUCUGAAGAAGACAGUGGCGAUAUCUCCACUUCUGAGGACGCCAUAUACAGCCAGAAGCUGAGCCCGAGGUUUGAUUUGAUCAAUGACAGCUUACGAGAUAACUACGCUAAGAUGAAUAAUAGCCCCGCCGCCAAGAAACCAAUUGUGGAAGUUGAGACUGUUACCAACAACAACAAAGGUAGAAGCAAGAUGACUACAAUGGGGCUUAAAAAGGAAGCUAGAGUCUCUCUUCCCUUGAGCGGAACUACUCCUACUCAUAAUAAUAAUAAAGGAGGAGGAGGAGGACCUACUUUUAAAGACUUUGGUGGGAUUAAAAAAGUGUUGGAUGAUUUGGAGAAUUAUAUCCUCUUCCCUCUUCUCAACCCUCCUCCCUUUAUGACGAUGGGAGUCAAGCCUCCUAGCGGCAUUCUCUUCCACGGCCCACCUGGCUGUGGCAAGACUCAGCUCGCCAAUGCCAUUGCCAAUGAAGUCGGUGUUCCCUUUUAUCAGAUUUCAGCUACUGAAGUCGUUUCUGGCGUCUCUGGUGCUUCUGAAGAGAAUAUUAGAGAGCUCUUCUCCAAAGCCUAUAGGACCGCGCCUUCCAUUGUGUUUAUCGAUGAGAUUGAUGCCAUUGGAUCUAAGAGGGAGAACCAGCAACGGGAGAUGGAGAAGCGGAUUGUUACUCAGUUAUUGACUUGUAUGGAUGGACCUCGUAACAAAAAAAAUGAUGAUGCUGAUUCUAGUUCUUCUGGAUAUGUUCUCGUCAUUGGAGCUACUAACAGGCCUGAUGCUCUUGAUCCUGCUCUCAGGAGAAGUGGGCGAUUUGAGCGCGAGAUUGCUCUAAACGUCCCUGAUGAAGAUGCCAGGGCUGAGAUACUCUCUGUUGUAGCUCAAAGGCUUAGACUUGAAGGUUCCUUUGACAUGAAAAGAAUCGCUCGCUUGACACCGGGUUUUGUUGGAGCUGAUUUGGAAGGUGUAGCUAACAUGGCUGGAAGCCUAGGCAUAAAGAGGGUCAAGGAUUCAAGAAAAUUGCAACUGUCCGGUGACAGUGACAACCAGGAUGAUAGGUCUUGGCUGAGGCAGCCAUGGUCAGAAGAAGAUUUGGAAAAGCUCUUUGUCAGAAUGUCUGAUUUUGAGGAAGCAGUGAAGUUAGUUAAGGGAUCUUUAACUAGAGAAGGUUUCUCUACCGUGCCUAAUGUCACAUGGGGGGAUGUUGGUGGACUUGACCAUCUACGGCUUGAACUCAACAAUUACAUAGUUAGGCCUAUAAAAAAUCCAGAGAUUUAUAAGGCUUUUGGAGCGAGCUUAGAGACAGGUUUCUUGCUCUAUGGACCACCGGGUUGUGGUAAGACGUUGGUUGCAAAGGCAGUUGCAAACGAGGCAGGAGCUAAUUUCAUACACAUUAAGGGUCCAGAACUUCUAAAUAAAUACGUUGGAGAAAGCGAGCUUGCUAUUAGGACCUUGUUUCAGCGCGCCCGGACAAGCUCGCCAUGUGUGCUCUUCUUUGAUGAGGUGGAUGCUUUGACAACAAGUCGAGGCAGAGAAGGUGGUUCGGUUGUUGAAAGUGUUUUGAACCAGUUUCUUACUGAACUGGACGGUGGAGAGAGACGUAAUGUGUAUGUAAUUGGAGCUACAAACCGGCCCGAUGUGAUUGAUUCUGCUUUACUAAGACCGGGUAGGUUUGGGAAUCUUGUGUACGUACCGCUGCCUAACGCGGAUGAGCGUGUUUUAAUCCUCAAAUCAAUUGCAAAGAAGAGACCAAUAGAUCCGAGUGUUGAUCUGGAUGCCAUUGCAAAGAACUGUGAAGGUUUCAGCGGAGCUGAUCUCGCUAACCUGAUGGACAAAGCUAUACACGUGGCAGUGAAGGAGAAAUUCGGGUCCAGUGAGUCGUCUGAAGAUAAUAAUAUAGAUUUAAGUGAUUGUACCAUCAAGAUGACUCAUUUCGAGCAAGCCUUGUCCUUAGUCACACCAUCUGUGAGCAAACAGCAAAUAAAACACUAUGAGGAACUUCCAAAGAAGCUACAAAGAAGCACGGGAAGAAACAACAUGGAGCAAAUCAACGUAGGAUCAUCUUUUACCCUCGAGGAAAAUAAAGUACUCUCUUAAGUUAUACUCCCAUUUUCCCGAGGGAGAUGCCAUAUGUUUUUUUUUUCUUGUCCAAACUUUAGACCUAAUGAUAUGAUGAUCAUCAAGUUUUGCGUGGUUCCAACAA